AUGGCAACAACGGCGGUGUUCCUGUGCGGACACCUUGGAGCACUAUCCGUGAUUCUCAAUCUAUUCGUGAUUAUCGCAUUGCUAAGACAUCGUCGGCGAGUUCUCUCCAACGUCUUCUAUGUCAUUGUUCUUCACUGUGCAAUACUCGAUGUGGCUAGAGGAAUUUGUCUUAUUCUUUACGGUCUACCCUACUUUGCAAACUCAUUCUACAACAUCCAUCUGGAUAUCAGCACUCGUAUCAAACUGUUCCAAGCAUCCAGAUUUGCUCUUGUUAUCCUCCGUCUUUGCAAUCUUCUAACCAUCUUCAACCUUCUGGUUUUCACAACAAACGAGUACAUCGUAAUCCGUUAUCCUCUCCAUUAUCGUCGAUAUUUCCGACGCAAGUUCGUCCUGAUUAUUCUAGCUAUUUGUUGGACAGUAAGCAUAAUGAUGGCAAUCGGAAUCCUUUACUCUUCAUCUAAAAGCCCUCAAGAUUGGCUUCCACCAGAGGAAAGAGGAAUCGAUUUAGCCACAAUUACAAUGGUUUUGAUCUCUACACUUUGCUUUGUCACCCUGGGAACAGUUGUAGUCUGCUAUCUUUCAAUUCUUCGAACAAUACGAAAGUUCAAAGAUGAAGGAUGCCUGAACAAUGAUGAAUCUCACCGUAUCCAUAAUCGAUCUCUUCAUAGACCAAUCAAUGGACAAGGAUCAAAUUGUUCGAAUGGAAGCAGAGGUUCAAAAUGGAAAAGUGUCCAAGCGAUGUCUCGUCACAAGUACAUCUACGUCAUUGGCUCUGUUCUCAUUGUCGAUCUUCUUUUCCUUUGUCCAUAUUCCGGAAUCCAAAUGGUUUCAUUUCUUCAUAUCAACAAUUUCCUUCAAAUCACUCAUGGAAGUACUCUCAUCCGUUGGUGGCUUCAAGUUCUCAUUGGAGUUCAUUCAGUCUGUCAGCCACUUUGCUAUUUCCGUAUGACCGAGUUCCGUCGUUUGGCGUGUUGUAAUCCGAGACGACCAUGGAAUCGAACCAAAAGUUUUUCUCAGAUGAAUAAAAGCUUUGCCAACACUCGAUCCAAUGUCAGAGAGGAAGAGAAUGGAGCAAACACUGGUGAAUCCGAAAUUAAUCCAAGUGAUCCCCUACUUCGUAAUGGAGCAGGCUCGGGUGAAGGAGGAACUCCGUCCCACCGUUCUCCAACGAUCGCGUGGACCCGAGGAGAAUCCGUUCGCUUCCGAACCUAUGGAAAUGAGUUUGCUCAUCACAUCCCAAACAAACCAUUCGAAAAGAAAGAAACCUCGGUUGAGAUGGAACUUCUUCCAAUCUCAGCCGGAUCCGCUACGCCAUCCGAUGAACCUGCCCCAAUCAUGAUCGAUGAUUCGCCGCUUGUAUAA